UCUUCUCUCCAGCAUGCUCCUCUCGCUCUGCCUGAGCGUCUCCGUUAUCUUCUUUUCCUCAUCGGGUUUUGCCAUGGAGAUGAACCAGACCUCCAAGCUGCUGGGGGAGAGCGGAGAGCAGUGUUCGGCCUGCGACUUCCGGGAGCACAGCAAGCAGAUGAGGCUCCACAGCAUCAAGUCGCAAAUCCUCAGCAUCCUGCGGCUGGAGCAGGCGCCCAACAUCAGCCGCGAUAUGAUCCGCCAGCUGAUCCCCAAAGCGCCUCCUCUGACACAGCUGCUGGACCAGUAUGAUCCGCGGGUGGAGGACGAGGACCACGCAACCACGGAGACCAUCAUCACAAUGGCAACAACGCACAAUCCAAUCGCCCAGGACGAAUUGUCCUGUUGUCUGUUCAGUCUCAGUCCAAAGAUUCAGCCCAAAAACAUCCUGAGCGCUCAGCUGUGGGUUCACCUGCGGCCUGCCGACGUGGUUACCACCGUCUUCCUGCAGGUCUCCCGCCUCAAACCUGGCAAGGAGGGAAACAACACCCGCGUCCGGGUUCGCUCCCUGAAGAUUGACACCGACGCUGGUGCUGGCUCCUGGCAGAGCAUCGACAUCAAGUCUCUGCUGCAGGCUUGGCUUCGUCAACCAGAAACCCACUACGGCAUAGAAAUCAACGCCUAUGACUCCAAAGGAGAAGAUCUGGCCGUUACUUCAGCAGAGCCUGGAGAGGAAGGACUGCAACCCUUCAUCGAGGUCAAGAUCCUCGACAACCUCAAGAGAUCCCGUCGUGACUCGGGCCUCAACUGUGAUGAAGAGUCUGUGGAGACACGCUGCUGUAGAUACCCACUCACCGUUGACUUUGAGGAGUUCGGUUGGGACUGGAUUAUCGCGCCCAAACGCUACCGAGCAAACUACUGCUCGGGGGAGUGUGAGUUCCUGCACCUGCAGCAGUACCCACAUGCACACCUGGUGAACAAGGCUAACCCACGGGGUACAGCUGGGCCCUGCUGCACGCCCACCAAGAUGUCGCCCAUUAACAUGCUCUACUUCAACCGCAAAGAGCAGAUCAUCUAUGGAAAGAUCUCCUCCAUGGUGGUUGACCACUGUGGCUGCUCUUGAGGAUAUCAGGCAUCCUUGAGGAUGAAAUGUCUAACAGAAAUGAUGCAAAGAUUUCAAAUAUUGCACUUUUUUUUUCAGUAUGAUUUAGUAGUUUAAGAAAAGCAGCCAAUAAACAGGUUCCGAAGAUGUUAAAAAACAUCCAAAACUAUGAAAUAAGUCAUUUCAGUUAUUCAGUUUUGGUCUUUGUGUUCUAAUCCAAACAAAAAUUGACCAAACAGGACGCAA